AUGGUAGCCGUGACGCUGUCAUCUGCGCUGCGCGAGCAGCAUGUCGUAAUACUGGGCGGCGCAUACGCGGGUCUCUCGACAGCUUUGAACCUGCUUCGCAUCUGUGACGGCACGAUAACUUCCUUCGGGAAAGGCGGCAAAGGAGGAAGAGGAGGCCGCGGCGGCGCCCCGCAACGCAUGCCUAGAAUCACUAUUCUCGAUCCCAGAGACGGGUUUUAUCACGCAGUCGGUACUCCCAUGGCACACACAACAAAAAGCUACAUCGAGCACCCGUGGCGGACCUGGGAUCAGAUCGCGGAGCUGAAAAGACCGUCGGUGACCAUCCUGAAGGGCACGGCGGUGCGAGCGGACCCGGAGACGAAAAGACUCCUCUAUCUCUCGUCAGAGUCAAAUGGGAAACAGCAGCAGCAUACGCUGGAUUAUGACUUCUUGGUGGUAGGCACGGGGUUGCGACGGCCUUGGCCGACUGUGCCGGUUGCUACAACCAAGUCGGAGUAUGCGAUGCAAGCAGGGAGAUAUAUUGACCGACUGCGGACAUGCGAUUCAGUGGUGGUAAUUGGUGGAGGUGCCGUGGGAAUUGAGAUGGCAGCUGAGAUCAAACACCGUUACCCAACGAAGCAAGUGACAUUGGUGCACUCCCGUUCGGCACUGCUCUCGUCCGAGCCGGUCCCAUCAGAAUUCCAAGACCAGGUUCUGCAGAUCACUCAGCUUGGUGGGGUGAACGUGAUGCUCAAGAAUCGCGUGCUGGGUGUCACGGAAGGGCCAGGGAACGCAAAAGCGAUCAAGCUUGAGGAUGGCAAACAUCUCACUGCCGAUGAAGUGAUUUGGGCAACGUCGUCAGCUGCUCCGAUUACCGAGUUCUUGCCUCGCGAGGCUCUUGAUGAGAAGGGAUUCGUCAACGUUCUUCCAUCAAUGCAAUUCGCUGCGAGCAUCCCAAAUCACCAGACCCACUUUGCAGUUGGUGAUGUGAUCGCAACACCCGGAAUUCGACUCGCCAAAACAGCCAUCCGCAUGGGACGUACAGCAGCCAUGAACAUUGCCCAUAUGAUGGUAUCUGCCGAACAGGCUCACGGGUCGCAGCCAUAUUUGACCGAAAUGCGGGGGCCCAACAAAGGGUUGAGCUUGAUAAUUGGUGGUUCCGGUGCGUCUUUCGACGAGAAAACAGGGAAUAUCUUCUGCGGCCCGGAGGUCAAGAACGGGAUCUUUGGUGAUGACAUGGCACUUCAUCGUAAGUGUAGCCUCCUUAACUAUGAUGAGCUAGGAUGCUGA